UUGUCAUUGUGUGAAAUAUUCAUCAUCGAUUAAGACCGUGGAUUUCACUUCCUGUAACAUUACCUGGCAGGGAGCGGAGCAUAUGGCGAACAUCAUAAAGCACCAGGCAGUGAGGCGGCACAGUGCGGUGUGGGUGGAGACGCUGCGCUACAGGAGGGCUGAGUUUGAGGCCAUGAAAGGACUACGCAGAGUUACUCUCAACGACAACAUUCUGAUCGGAGACAGAGGAGUAAUGGCACUCGCCCGUGAGCUUACAGAGGACCUGUGGGUCAAAGCGGUGGACCUGCAGCGCUGUGGGAUCUCGAACGAAGGAGCGCAAGAUCUAGAGAAGAUGCUUCAGUCCAAUUCCACUCUGUGUGUGCUUGACAUCAGGAGAAACCCACUCAUCGAUAAUAAUGUGGUGAAAGCUGUGCUCAAAAAAGUUCUCAUGAACGCCAAAAGCCAUGAUUCACAGUAUCUGUGGCUUAAACCUUCUUCUCCUAAAGACACUCUUGAUCAGUCACGGCAGUUGAGGAGGAGGAACGCAGGGAAAGCUACUUAUCGAAUCGGAUCUCGCCGGUCCUCAGUAAACUCUGUGUGGAGGCCUCCUCGGCCUGGGUCAGUGGGGUACGUCCCAUGGCGCACUGCUGCACGGGCGGGCUUACAGAGAGGUGCGUCACAGGCUGGGAUGCCAGACCAGAGUUUUCAAAACGCCACCUCUGUGAGGGUAACGGUGGAGACUGAGUCCGAGUCCGAGGAGGGGGAUGAUGCACAUGUACCGAGUCCUCAGGAGAAAAUCACAAGCUUCCAGUUCAGAAGACUACAGACAGAGAACAGCCGAUUACAGGUGGAGCUAGAAGAGUGUCGGCUGAGGCUGGCAGAGGAGAGGAACACCAGACUGAAGACCAACUCUCGCCUGGUGGAGCUGGAACUGGAGAAUGAGCGUUUGCGCAGUCUGAAUCAAUCCCUGUCUGAAGCCCAUCUCAACGCCUCUGUUCUAGAUGAUGAACAUGUGCUGGAAAGCAUCGAAUCCUCCUUCCACAAAUUCCACGCCUUCCUGGACCUGCUGAAAGAUGCCGGGCUUGGCCGGUUUGCGUCUAUGGCUGGAAUUGACCAAUCAGACUUCGGGCUUCUUGGGCAUCCUCAGCUCUCCUCAACAGAGCGGACACACAUCAGCCGAGAGAACCAGAGAAACGAGGAGAGGAGGGAGACUUCAGCCAUGGCAGACGUCCCUCGACCUGAAUCAAAGACUCACUCAGAACCUCCUGCUAACGCUGAAGACAUUCCCCAGCCUCAUUCCCAACCCGAAGUGCCUCUAACUCCAGUCGGCUUGUGUCGUUCCUCCCAAACGUUACAGGAGCCUCUUGAGUUUGAGGCCCCGGAGCAGAGCCGGAUGUCCUCGGACCCCUCGAGCCGUCAGAGGGCCAGCGGAGGCUCUCGCUCAGCGAGUUCAGUCAGUCUUCAGUCAAAAGGCUCACGGUCCUCUCGGGCGAACGGGUCCGUGUGCUCGGAUCGGUCUCUGUCGGGUUCUGCUGGAUUGGUUGGGUUCUAG